GCGCACGCCGGGGCUUGUGGUUCGCCGCGGCGCGGCACCCGGGGCCGGAGCGGGGGCGCGGGACUACAGCUCCCGGCAGCCCCCGCGCCGCAGCCCGUCCCGGGCGGCUCUGGUGUGUGCGGGGAGCAGCGGGGCUGCGCGACGGGUGAGAUGCGCGCGAAGCGGUUCCGGCACGGGGGUAGCCGGCAUCUGGCGGGACCGCAGCAUUCAUCUCUAUCGUGGUCAGUGUGUUCUUUGAGGUAGAAGCUGUCUUCGCUGGAUGUCUAGCAGCUCUCGAGUCCUUGCAAAGAAUAAUUUGUAGAUAACUAUGCUGAAAAUCUAAGUAGGUUCCAGUUUGUUCUCUCUUCUGGAGCCCCUAUUAAGAACUUCUGUCACAGAACCAAGAGCUAGUUUUCCUUCCAAUAUUACUAUUCUUGUAACUCUGUUUCUACAUUUACCUUUUGAAGUUGCAGUGGAGGUGUUUUACUCGGGUCCAGAUAAAGCUGCUCAGCACCAUUAAAAACUCAAAGCAGAGUACAACAUUUCAAAAUGCUGGAGAUUAUCUGGCUGAACCUAGAGAUUACAUUUAAUGUGAUUGUGUCUUCAAAAAUUUUGCUCCUGCAUUUCAUGAGAUAAAAUAUUUUACAAAAAUGAGAAGUUGGAGAUCAGUGAAGGUAUAUGUUAAACUUGGCCUGUGAAUUCAGAGAAGAAUUUCUGGAGGAGGAAUAGAUUCAUCAUAUACCUGGAUUUUUUUUUUUUUUUUUUUUUUUAAAUUCUGGAAGGAUAUCUACAUGAAGAUAAGCCUGUGUAUAAGAUAUCGUCUAUGGAGUUAGGUGAAAGAGGAUAUUUCUAAUGAGUUACCAACAUUUAUUUCUAUUUGAGAUCAGACCUUUCUUUUUUUUUUUUUUUUUUUUUUUUUUUUUUUUUUUUUGAUAGAAAUGAAGGACCAGUAUGAAAAAACAGAGCUGAUGUAUUUUUCUGAGGCCUUUAUGUAAGCCUCUACUGCCUGGAUCUGAUGCUAAAGGAAAGGCAAUCUGCUUUUGAUCAGCUGAUUGUAACUGUAGAAAGAGAACCUUUAAUUUAAAGCAACUUCCAGCUGAAAUUAUUUUACUCUUUGGCUUGCACAGAAUGAAGGGGAAAAUUAUGGUCAGGAGCCUUUUACUGAACUAAGAAAGGGAAAGUUAGAUUAUCUUUUUUGAUGAUCUUUUUAUUUCAAACCAAGAACUGACAAAAUAUUUUUUGUUAAAAUUUGACUACUAGAGAGAUCUCAGCAUUUUAAAACAAGUCAGAUGUCAGCAAACGACUCUUCUCCUCCAUCCUUACAGAAGUUUUCCCCACCUACAUGUCAUGCUGCUGCACCACAAACCCCAACUUUGUCUUCAAGUCCCCAGUCAGGGCUCUCCAGUCGACUCUCCAAUGGCAGUUUCAGUACACAGAGCCUCACCAACUCCAGGGGCUCUAUGCAUGGGGUCUCAUUCCUUCUGCAGAUCGGUCUCACUCGAGAGACUGUCACCAUUGAAGCUCAGGACUUGUCCCUCUCUGCUGUUAAAGAUCUCGUGUGCUCUAUAGUUUACCAGAAGUUCCCAGAGUGUGGGUUUUUUGGCAUGUAUGACAAAAUUCUCCUCUUCCGUCAUGACCUGAACUCAGAUAAUAUUUUGCAACGGAUCACAUCAGCAGAAGAGAUACACGAGGGAGAUCUUGUUGAGGUUGUUCUCUCUGCUUUGGCUACAGUUGAAGAUUUCCAGAUUCGUCCUCAUGCACUUUAUGUGCAUUCCUACAAGGCUCCUACUUUUUGUGACUACUGUGGAGAGAUGCUUUGGGGUUUGGUACGACAAGGAUUAAAAUGUGAAGGUUGUGGAUUAAACUACCAUAAGAGAUGUGCCUUCAAGAUCCCUAAUAACUGUAGUGGAGUGAGAAAGAGACGUUUGUCUAACGUGUCUUUACCAGGAGCAGGGCUUUCAGUUCCAAGACCAGUGCAAGCUGAAUAUACAGCCUCUGCCUCUGAAGAGCGCUGCUGCCCAGAACCUAGUAAACGGAUUCCCUCCUGGAGUGGCCGUCCCAUCUGGAUGGAAAAGAUGGUGCUUUGCAGAGUGAAGGUUCCACACACCUUUGCUGUUCAUUCUUAUACUCGUCCUACCAUCUGCCAGUAUUGCAAAAGGCUGCUGAAGGGCCUUUUCCGCCAAGGAAUGCAGUGUAAAGAUUGCAGAUUCAAUUGUCACAAACGUUGUGCAUCUAAAGUGCCUAAAGACUGUCUUGGGGAGGUGAUUUUCAAUGGAGAACCUGCUAGCCCAGGCCAGGAUUUGGACAUGCCAAUGGAAGUUGAUAGCAGUGAAAUGAACAGUGAUGGUAGUCGGGGUCUGGAUGAUGUUGAAGAGCCCUCUCCUCCAGAAGACAAAAUGUUCUUUAUGGACCCAUCUGACCUUGAUGCAGACAAAGAUGAAGAAGCUGUCAAAACUAUCAGUCCUUCAACAAGCAAUAAUAUUCCACUCAUGAGGGUUGUGCAGUCCAUCAAGCAUACAAAGAGGAAGAGCAGUACAAUGGUGAAGGAAGGUUGGAUGGUCCACUAUACUAGCAGAGACAAUCUGAGAAAAAGACAUUACUGGAGACUGGACAGCAAAUGCCUCACACUGUUUCAAAAUGAAUCUGGAACAAAAUAUUACAAGGAGAUUCCACUUUCAGAAAUUCUCCAGGUGACUCAGCCUCGAGAUUUUUCAAACAUGGUGCAGGGCAGCAACCCAUACUGUUUUGAGAUCAUCACUGACACGAUGGUGUACUUUGUUGGAGAAAACAAUGGCAGCAGCCAUCACAGUCCUGUUCUUGCUUCCACCGGAGUUGGACUUGACGUAGCUCAGGGCUGGGAGAAAGCCAUUCGUCAGGCUUUGAUGCCAGUCACUCCUCAAGCUAGCGUUUGUACUGCUGCAGGACAAGGAAAAGAUCACAAGGAGUUAUCUCUAAGCAUCUCUGUUUCAAAUUGCCAAGUCCAGGAGAAUGUGGAUAUCAGCUCUGUGUACCAGAUAUUUGCUGAUGAAGUUCUGGGUUCCGGUCAGUUUGGCAUCGUAUAUGGAGGAAAACAUAGGAAGACUGGAAGGGAUGUGGCUAUCAAAGUCAUCGACAAGAUGAGGUUUCCAACUAAACAGGAAAGUCAGCUUCGUAAUGAAGUGGCCAUUCUCCAGAAUUUGCACCACCCUGGGAUUGUAAACCUGGAAUGUAUGUUUGAAACCCCAGAACGGGUCUUUGUUGUGAUGGAGAAGCUACAUGGUGAUAUGCUAGAGAUGAUUCUUUCCAGUGAGAAAAGUCGGCUGCCAGAACGUAUAACUAAGUUCAUGGUCACGCAGAUACUUGUUGCUUUGAGGAAUUUACAUUUCAAGAAUAUUGUGCACUGUGAUUUAAAACCAGAAAAUGUACUACUAGCAUCAGCAGAGCCAUUCCCUCAAGUGAAGCUCUGUGAUUUUGGCUUUGCACGUAUCAUUGGUGAAAAAUCUUUCAGGCGCUCUGUGGUGGGGACACCUGCUUAUCUUGCCCCUGAAGUGCUUAGAAGUAAAGGUUACAACCGCUCUCUAGACAUGUGGUCAGUAGGAGUUAUUGUCUAUGUGAGCCUUAGUGGUACAUUCCCAUUUAAUGAAGAUGAGGAUAUAAAUGAUCAGAUUCAAAAUGCAGCAUUUAUGUACCCGCCAAAUCCCUGGAAGGAAAUUUCUAGUGAAGCCAUUGAUUUAAUAAAUAAUUUGCUUCAAGUGAAGAUGAGAAAACGUUUCAGUGUUGACAAGUCUCUUAGUCACCCAUGGUUACAGGAUUAUCAGACUUGGCUUGACCUCAGAGAAUUUGAAACACGCAUUGGAGAGCGUUACAUUACCCAUGAGAGCGAUGAUGCACGCUGGAAAGAACAUGCUUAUGAACACAACCUUGAGUACCCCCAGCAUUUUAUUAUGGCUCCUAAUCCAGAUGACAUGGAAGAAGACCCUUGAUUUAUUCGUUAUGUGAAAUUGCAGCAAAGAAGGGCACUCCAGACAAACUGAAGAUAAGUUUUGGAACAGCUCCUUUUGAGUGCUGUUCACAUAAUUCAGUAUACAAAACUACAGAGGAUACUGCAUUGGCAUGGGGAUAGACUCUCUGUCAUCUGGCAAGCUCUUCUCCAUCUCUGACUUAAACUAUGAAUAGUUAUUGGACAGUGGGAUAAGCCCUGUUGGAUAACAUUUCACCAAGCUGUAUGGCUACAAAGCCAUCACUGAGGUGUAAUGUGUACAGACUGAAUGCUUUGUGUGAGUUUUUCAAGUGUGGGGUUUUUUUUUUUUUGUAGUCUACGCAAUAAGAAUUUUGUAAUGGUUUCCUAAUCCCUAUUUACUAGGCCAUAGAGAACUGUUUUCUGUUAUUUAGAUACAUCUCCUGUUUACUAGGCUGUGCAUUGUGGAAAAAGAUUGUAAAAGGAAAUCAAUGCAGAAUACCUUGAUUAAUAGCAAAGCAUGGUGGCUUAGGAUUGAAUAUGGCUUCACAGAUGAAAGAAUAAUUUGCUGCUGUUGAGACGGUUAAAUGUGUCUGUCUUUGCCCUAACUGAACUUUCUUCCAGAUACCUGAGGAAAGAAAACCCCACAUCUUCUUACAUUCCUCUUGAAAUGCUGGCUGACAAUCUAAAGAGAUGACAAUCAAAGCUGUGCUAGUCCUUUAUUUUGUCUUUUAAAAUAGAGCAAUAACCCAUGAUACAAUGUGUUGCUGUGCAAGGCUGGCACAUGUAUACACCAAAGGCAUUUUGCCUUAAAACUGCCCAAGUAAUGCACAGAGAGCACACAAGACUUGAUGUUGCAUAUCCUUCCAGUCUGAAAUAAUUGUUUCUAGCAGAAGGAUGUGGAAAAAAAUAGGGGAAAGUACAUGCAGCUUUCUCUUGUUGUUUUGAAUAAUUAACUUUUAAGUUUAAAAAAAUUUUUUUAAGGUUCCCUGGACUUAUGUCAGGAGUAGUUUGUACCCUGCUAGCUUCUGUCUUCACUCCUAAUUUUUGAGCAGUUACAAUGGCUAUUAAAUCACCAAUUGCACCAGGGCAGCUGGACUGUAGGAGAAAAGGCCUUUGCCUUCCAACUUUAACCUGCAGCCCCUCCUGCCCUCUUUUCUGUGCUCAGGAUUGUUGUUUAUGAGCUGAAUGAAAAAUCCAAAACCAACUCAUAAUUCAGGUUUUUUUUGCAGACAUCUCAGUUGAUAUAUUCCCAACCACUUAUUGGACUUGUGGCACAACAGAGUAGAAGCAGCAAUUUCCUUUGGAAAUGAUUCUCUCAGAGGACAGCCUAUCAGUUAAAAGUAUGUGGUAUUUCAAGGAAGUUUGAGGCCUUCUAUGCUAAAUGCAGAUGGAAGUAAAAGGAAGGAUUUUUUUUCCUCUCAUAUUUAAAAAAAAAAAAAAAAAAAGGAAAAAGUGGUCUUUCUGUUUUUGUGGGGUAGCAGCUUUGUGCUGCUGGGAGGUGCUGGAUGACUGUACAUAUCCCUGAUGUGGUGCCAGGCUUAACCGGAGCUUGGCUCGAAAUACCUUAUUUAGUACUGAUACAGGCUUGAGCUGCAAAGGCAGUGGGAGCCUUUGGGGUGUAGCUCCUCUCUCCUACAAUUUUUUUUUUUUUUUUUUUUUUUUUUUACUGCUGUUGAGGUAAUGAAGUAGUCCAUCAGACUCUGUUUCUAAGCUGUUAGAUAUUCAUAAAAUUUUACACGGUUGUCUCAAGGCUGGCAGCUGCUUUCAGUUGCACAGUGAGCUGGCAGUGCAGUCGGUGGGAGCUGCAGAGGUGUGUACCUAAGGGCAAGUCUGGGCCUUUAACCUACCUUUUCCUUUCCUGUUGCCUUUAAUCUAACUGCUGCUGCAUUUUGUAGGUAUCUAAGUUGUUAUAAAUUGAACAUGCAGGGCUGGAAUCUGCACAAACCUUUCAGUGCAAUCUGUAUGACAAGUUUUCUACAGUCACCAGUGGGCAGAGCAUUCCAGCCCUUCCUACCCUCCUGCAUCCUCUCUCCUAGCACUUUUUUUUCUCAGGUUUGUGCAGGGGACUUGCCUGACAGCAGUCCAUGCCACUCCUGCACCAAGGGUCAUUCUCUCCUUUUCAUGCUGUCAAAACAGUGUAAAGGAAUUUAAAAGGGGCAGAAUUUGUCCCUUAACCUUGCCAUCCUGUUAAGGCAAGGUUUCAGGAUUGAUUCUUCUCUGAGAGAGGCACUAUUUUUGUAACUUUAGAACCAGAAUGAUCACCUCUGAAAUUGGUGGGCUAGUUGGUAUUUGCCCAGGUCUGGUAAGGGAAGCAGCACUUUUUUUCUAACUUCCACCAAUCAAGUGACCAAACUUCAGUGAAGCCAUUGCUAUCUUCCAUCACAACUGUAAUAAUGUAGAUAACGUUCUGCUUUUAAUCUUCACAUUAUUUACUGAAGCUGUCAUUUCAGGUUUUCCUGCUUUUCUUUAAGGGAAAAAAACAGCUGUUUGAAAAGCACAACAGGGAUAAAGGAGGGGAAAGAUGGGACAACAGUGAAGUAAAAGGCUGGUCUGGAGUCUGCCCCCUGAAGUCUGCUCUGCUCUAGAAAAUUAAACCAUGAGCUAUUUAUUGUUCUCAAGUUCUAUUAAAAAAAAAAAGAAAAAAAAAAAGCUUUUGGGAGUAGAUUGCCUGACAAUAUAUGCAGACUUAUGGGGCCAGACGAUAGAAGCCACAAGCUAGUAGUUGAGGAACCAAAAAAUCAGACACAUAUUAGAAAGAAACUUACUUCAUUGAGUAGUAAAAAUAGCUGACUUUUUUAUUCCUUUUUCUACAUUUACUGCAAACUUUGACAGCAGUAAGAUGCAUUGUUUAAUAUCCCUACCCCUAGAUGAAUUAAGUCACAUUCAUUCAAGAAAUAGUGCUAUGAUGAUGCUAGGAAAAAAGCUCAUGUAAAAUUUAUAGCCUCAAAAGGACACUGUCAAGUACUUUUAUAUUUUUAUACAUCCCAGUGUUUGUAAAUAUCCUCUGAUAAGCUUGAAAAUAAAAUUUAUUUCCCUA